AUGUGGAAAGUGGUCCUCUUACUGUCAUUGCUUGUUCUAUCAUUACAAGCCAAUAAAUGCAAAGAAUGUGAAGAGUCGGUUAAGAACUCCAGCGGAGUCAAGAAAUGCGUUAGAAAGGAUGGAUGUUGUCCAAGUAAGAUAACAUAAAAUUAAGAAGCACUUCCUAUAAAGCCAUCCUUCAUAAAAGUUGAGUAAUAACUCGGAAAAUCAUUUGUAAAAAUUUCAUUUCAUUUAUUAUUAUGGUUAACUAUUAAAUAUAUAACAAUCGAUAUUAUAGAAGGAGUUGGUCAAGUUAACUGCUUUGUUAACCCAUGCCAAACCUCAACUGCUUACAAAUGUGUAGCCAGCUACUGUGCAGACAACCCUUGUGGCAAAUACGAAUACGACCAAGAUCUUAACCCAAUUUAA